AUGUCAACAGAAAACGAUGAGAAUUAUUACGAAUCCAUGUCGAUCAAGGAGCUUCGAGAGCAUCUCACUCAAAGUGGCGUAGAUUGUUCGGCAUUCUUGGAGAAGAGUGAACUGGUAGCUGCAGCGAAGCGUCUGGACCUUACCGAUUAUGACGAAGAAGCUAGAAAAUUAUUCGCUCAACUCAACCUACAACCUACUAGAGAGACGCAAUAUUCCAAUCUCAAUGCCAUUUGGCGAGAUCCGACCGGUGGUGGAACGGUCUACGUGGGAAAUCAAAUGGCAGCCUCCAAUCGACGAACCUUAAAGGAACGCAAUAUUACCGCUAUAGUCAAUUGUCAGGGUCUCGAGUCCAAAAAUUACUUUGAAGACGACGAGGAUGACGACGAAGAAAACGACAAAAUCACGUAUUUCCGCUUCCCCGUGUCCUACCUCGCGCACGGCAGUCGCAUUGGUACGGGUAUGUUUGCCAAGAAACAAGGUGCCUUGAAGGGAAUGACGCCGAGCUUUGAAUUUAUCGAUCAACAAAUCUCGGCUGGACACAGUGUCCUUGUUCACUGUUUGGCAGGUGCCCAUAGAGCAGGCACUGUCGGUGUGGGAUACCUCAUGUACAAGACAGACAUGGGUGUCGACGACGCACUUGCGACGGCCAAGAAAUGUAGGCCCAUCAUUAGUCCCUUUGCGACACUUUUGGCUUUGCUAAGUCAUCUGGAAAAAGAUAUGGAACAAGAACGGAAACGAAAAGAGAAGGAAAUCAAGAGCUAA